GAGCAAGCGCACCAACGCAGAUGUGGAGGUGGCGGCGGCAGCUUUGGGUGGCCCGGAAAGAGAGCGUUUAAUUAAGGCAACCUGGUUUGGUUUUUAAUGCGAUAAUUGAGUUUGGGGGGUGGGGGUAGAAGGAAAUUAUCUAUGAUUCCUAUGGUUAGGGGGUCUUCUCAAUACAGCUUUUUGCAUUGUUCGCUUUACAGUAAUUCGAAUAAUGUUCCUUCGGAUUUAUUGCCGACGCGAUGUGCAAAAGUUGCGAACUGGGGAAUCUGCGUAGGCGGUAGACAAGUGCCGUCUCCGCUUUCUUCUGGAGAAGAGUCUACGCAAACUCGGCUACUUUUCAGCAUCUGGACAGACAUCCUCCCGUUGGCUUAAAGCCUUCAGUAUCUCAAAAAUUAAGACGAUAGAAGCAGGCUCUGGUUUUUGAAGACAACAUAUUUAUCUCGUUUUCUCCUAAUUAACCUUUCAGUUAUAACAUCUCCGAAGAAGAAACUUUGGGUUAAUGUAUAGUGCCUUUACUUGAAUGGCUUUCUUAACACUGUCUUUAAAUGCUUAGUUCUUCUUUUACAAAAACGAACUAAAACAAUUAAGAUUGAGCUUGUUUGGUAACAAAACCACUAGCAAUUCUUAUAUUGUAAUUAUGUUGACCAAAGAAGAAUUUAUGUCUAGUUUUGGUGAGCCAUAGUUGAAUGUGAGUUUCUCAGAAGCUCACAAUUGGCUUCCUGAAAAGCUCAUUUGUUUCUAAGCUUUUACCAGCACAUUUUGCCUAUUCUGUUGCCUAAAAUUAAUUUGCAAACAUUAGAAAAUUAAUCCGUAGUGCAUUUAAUUUUGUUUGUUACUAGAAGUUGGAAUGGAAACCCAAAUUGGACAGACAACAUCUGUGAUAAAAAACUCUAAAAAAAAUGAGAGUGGGGACAGUGACCAAUUGUUCUCUUUGCCAUUUCCAGUGAAAUCUCAUAACUUAAGUAAGCAAUACAUUCCUACUUCUGAAACAGUCAUAAAAGAUAAGGAUCAGCAGAACAGGAAUUUUGUCUCUGAGGAAAGAGAGAAGAGAAGUUGCCAUAAUACAGACAUCAUGCCAGUCAGCUGUGACUACAUUUUAAACAUUAAAUUGGAAGAUAAGGUUUUGAUAAAAGGAAGAGAGUCACAGAACAGAGUAUCAAGUGUGAUGAAAAGGGAACAUGAUGUUGCUUUGCAAAAUACAUUGCAAUCAGAGAGUAGGAAAAAAAGGCGUAAGAGUUCUUCAUUGGAAGUGGGAUCUCAAGGAGACAUUGUCAUAGAAAAAAUAUAUACUAGUUCUUUACUAGAACAUGAAGAAAAAACCCAAAGUUCCACAAAAAAUGCAAAGAAUUUAAAGAAAAAUUCUUUGAUAAUGAGAAGAUUACACGAGAUGGGAACUGUAACUGAAAAGGAUGGGACUUCAGUAAUAAUUAAUUUAGGCUCUGAAAAUGUAUCAGGAAACCUGCAGAAAAGCCACAGUCACUUAGCCUCAGAAUCAAAACUUCAGCAUAAAAGAUGGAAUUUUAGGAAGCGAAUUAAACCAAUUUGGCCAAAGCAGAAUAGAAUUCAAAAAGUAAAGAGAAACAUAACUGAGAAGCAUGGUAAUUCAGUAAUGAUAGAUUUAGGGACUGAAAAAGCACCAGAAAACCUGCAGAAAAGCUGUAGCUGCGUAGUCUCACAAUUGAGUCUUCAGCAGAAAACAUGGAAUUUUAGGGAGAGGAUUAAACCAGCUUGGCCAGAUCAAAAGCAGCACAAAAGUCAGAGAAUAAAGAGAAGUAUAUGUAAGUUAGAUUGUAUCAUACAGAACAUAAGUGUAUUAAAAUAUAGAGAAAAUUUCCCAAAAUCGCAGAUAUAUGUAAAGUACCCAAUUAGUGUGAGCUCAGCUGCUGUGACACAUUUUUCAAGUAACUGUAUAGAAGGAAUAGAGUGUCUAAUGAAAAACGCAAUGGUGAAUUUUGUAAAACAAAAAGAACUGACUGUCUCAAAAUUGCAAAAGAAUAUAAAAGUUUCAAAUGGACUUAGGCAAGAUUUAUUGGAUUCUAUAGUAGACUUUGAAGAAAAUAGAUGCAAAAGUAAUGUAAAAGAAGGAAUAAAUAGGAUGGUAACACAAAUGUUUUCAAAAUCAAAAAUCUAUACAAGUGAUGGUGAAAAACAAAGUUGGAAAUCAGAAAGAAGUGUUGCAGAGAUUGUGGAAUACAGCCAAUGGAUUUUAAAGAAGAAAGUAACUAAAGAACAAAUGGAUUGUUUACCUAAAGAGAAUCUGUUGGUUACCAAAACAGAGGGAACUAGUAAGGAAGAGACAAAUGGAAAGGAUGAAAUUGUUUCUUCAACUGAUCUUAAAAAAGAAAUCAAAACAUUUAGAGAAGAUACCCUUGACAUUUUAAGUAGACAAUAUGGAAGGCUGCCAUAUACAAUUCUGAAUAUAUUAAAGAACUGCAACAUAGAGACAGCAUUAGAACAGUCUGCAUGUCUACUGAUAACUGAGGCAAAUGUGCCCAAGAACAACAAUUCUGUUAAACUUUGCUUUUGGAAGCAGACUAAGAAAUAUUGUAACACUACUUUUUCUAUCACAAAUACUGCAUGUCUAGAAAAUUUUGACAUACGAAUACUUGAAAAGAAAAUUGAAAAAAGCGCAUUGGUGAAGUAUCGGAAUGAAAGAUUUGAAUGGCUUUCUAUGUAUAAUGUUCCUCCCUGCAAAAAGAGUCUAGUAGUAAAAUCAUUUGAUUGUUAUUACAUUAAGACAUUACAACCUACAGGUAUUGAGGCUCAAAGCUAUAUAAUUAAUUGUAGAUCUCUGCAUACUGCGUUUGAUCAAGGAAAAUCCCUAACUUCUAAGGGUAUGGGACAGAAUGAACUUAGUAGUAUCCCUAAUGUAAUACAUAAUAUAAAAUUAAUCACACAAAAAGACAUUUUGGUUUCAAGAGAAAUGUCCCAGCAUACUAAAAGUCAAAAUGCAAAGCGAAUCAAGGAAAAUAAAUUGUCUAUGGAUUUUAAAAAGCCAUGCAAAAAACUAAAAAUGCCAGAGGACUUAGAAGAAUCAUCGGUCAUGAAAGUUCUCAUAAAUGAAGAUAUUUCUGCUGAACAUGACAUACCAAUAGAAGAAAAUACUGUUGCCAUAGAUUCUGCAGUAAUUUCAGAAAAACUAGAUUAUAAUGAAACAAGUAUCUUUUCUUUACUUGAUUGUAUACCUGAUUUUAGUCUAGAGCUGCCUUCUCAAAAUCAAGUUGCCACCAUGUCUAGCAAUGAAACAGCAGACCAAGAGCACUUCAUUGCAUACGGUUACAGUAUUUUUGAGAAACCAGUAGUUCUCAAAACAGACAAGAAUGAAUCAAAAGAAAUAGAGCCAUUUAUUGACUUCAGUAAAAUGGAUGAAAAUAAAUCCAUAGCGGAGACAGUGGAUAUUGAAAAAAAUAUGGUCUGUAAUAGUAAUGCUACUCCCUACAUGAAAAGAAAAAGGACAUGUAACAUAAAAACAAAAAAAACUGGUAGGAAACCGUGUCUGUAUAGCUGUCAAAGGGCAAUCCCAAUUAGUGGUAAAAAUACAUGGCCUCGUGAAUCAUGCGCAAGGACAUCCUUGUCGAUUUGUAAAAAUCAUGCAUUGGAUUCACAUAGAGGAUAUUUAGAAGAUACUGAUUCAGUAACAAAAUGGAGCAAAUUGGAGGUCCAUAAACCAUUGGUAGAUAGUUGUAAAAUAUCUCUAAAUACAAUGGAAUGUGCUGUUGAAAGUCCAUUUUCAGACUGCAUAUUGCAUAUGGGCAAGAUAUUUUCACCAAUUACUGAGAAUAGGUUUUCUUAUGAUGAUAUGGAAAGAUCUAAACAAAGUACUGAAAUUGUAGAAUCAAAAGUGGUUUUGAAUUUAUUAAAAGAAAAAGGAAAAAGUAUAAAUAUUCAGAAUGACUCAUUUGCAAGCAUUAGGAAAAAUAGGACAGAUAAUCCAUCAGUUACCAAACAAAAAACUGUGUUGAAAAAUUUGACAUCAGGAACUUUGUCAAAUUUCAAAAUUCCUUUACUUGAAGGUAAAGGUAAUUUUAGAAAAUUAGAAACUGAAACAUCAUCCGAAAAGGAUACUGGCAAUUCUUCAAAUAUUUUAGAGAAUGUUCUUUCUCCAAAAGAAGCUAGAAUUAAAAUGGCUUCAUCUGACAAAAAAUUUAGCUCACAAAUCCAAUCAGAACAGGAGAAUUAUACGUCUGCACUGGAAAAAUACAUGCAUCAAUUCAACAGUGAUAUUUCUGAAAAUGUUUCUAAAAAGAGAAGAAUUUGUAAUACUUUUGAGAAUACUUCACAUAAGAAUAAACUAAAAUCACCAACUUUGAAUGAUACUCCUUUCUCUUUGAAUACUGGAAAUAUAGAGGAACAAAUGCUAAAUUCUGCUUUGGCCUCAGAAAUUAUUGAUAAAGUUAAUGUCAACAAUAAGUUGGCGCAGGAGAGCGAUGACAUUUGUCCAGAUAUUCUUAAGGCUUAUGAAGAUGAUAUUCUUGUAAUUGAUGUUAUUCAAGAUGAUCCGGACCUGUUUGGAGAUAAUGUUAAGCAAGAAGAUGACACUGCAAAGAUUAAUAAUACUAAAAACAUUUAUAGCAGUCACUUUUCAGAAAAAGAUCUGGAAUGGAAAUCGGAGUCUUCUCAAUUUUCAAAAAGCAAGCAUUUGAAAUUCAUUAGAGAAAGCCGCUUUCAAGAUUAUGAAACACUGAAAUUGGAUGAUAAUGCUGAUGGUUUGGUGAUACAAGGAGGAAUAUCAGAAUCAUCCCCUGAAGAUGGACAGCUGUCAGAACUGAAUAAACUUACCAAGGUUUUUGAUACAGAUGAAAAGUAUGAAUUUUCAAAGAAAUUGCUUGCUAUGCAAGAACAGAAAACAAAUGUUCAAGACUUUGCAAAAAUUGAGAAUACCCUAACAAUUGAACCUUUGAGCUGUGAUCAUCAAUUGGAAUUGUCAUUUCCUACUGCGAAAGCUAUUGUUCCUCAACAGCAAGACCCAACACUAAAAUCAAGGAGUAAUGAUUUCAGAUUCCCAAGGAAAUGUCCUCCUUUGCCCUCAUCAUCUACUAAUAGUUAUAAAACCUGGAAAGAAAAAAAACAUCCAGGGACUUAUUUAGGAUUGACUUUACCUCGUGGAUACUGCAGAUACUAUUUCAAUUCAUUGAAUAGCUGUGAGAAUCCAAAAUGCUGGUUUUCGCAUGUUCUUGAAUCAACAGAUGAUAAGCUUUGCAGUGAAAUAAUUAAGAAAUAUAUAAGUAUUGGUGGCGUAGCUUUGCUGCAACGGGCAGUACAUAUAUUCUCAGAUUACUGCAAAAAAAGUAUUCCCGUAUAUCACUUGGAUUUGCAAAUGUUUCAUGAUCUCCUAACAUCUUUGCUUCAGUUCUGCUUGCUGAAAGAACUUUUUCAUGUAGUGCGCACUGGCAUCAGGAUUAAAAUAUUACCAAAUAUAGAUAUUCUACUCAAAAUAUUUGAACAAGUGACUUUGAUGAAAGUCAAAGAGGCAGUACCUGAAUUAUCUGACAUCUUUUAUAAGCUUAUUGAUACUGGAAUGGUUCUUGAACAAGAACAUAUUAGACAUAUCAACAGCUUACUAAACCAGUUACAUGAUUCCAGUCAGGAAAUUACUAUGGUUAGGUCCAGAUUUCAGGAAAGAGAUUUUCACAAGGCCAUCUUUUGUGAUUUUGAUUCAACAAUAGCAGCAUUUAAGGAUUGUAAAGAAAAAAGUGACUGGACUAAAUUGGGAACUUUGUAUGUUAAAGUGACAAGAGGAUGUAAAAAUGCUGAUUAUCUUGAAAAAUACUCAUGGCAUGUAGCCAGCAUACUAAUCAGUUCAGUGAAGGAAGAAAAGCCAGGCAUUCCAUUUUGUGAAUUUGCAACUGCAGCCUCCAGCUGUAUCUCCAGUUCAAUGCUGCUACAAUGGAGGACCUUUUCCGAUUGGAGAUGGAUCACCAUCAUCCUUGUCAAAUCAUUCAACAACAUUACUGCUGUUAAAGAGGCAGUGAUCACAUCUCAGAUGCCCCUCACACCAAGGGCAUCUGCUCCGCAAUCCAAAACAGGAACUUGGAUUACAAAAUUUAAUGUUGGUGCUGAUCGUGAUGAAAGAAACAUUUCUUCAUUAGGACGGAUUGGGAUUAGUGUCAUGUUUUCAUAUUACAAAGUGCAACAGUGGUCAAAGGCCAAGAAAGUUCUGGAUAUGUUUCAUGCUUUAAGGAUACACUUCACUCUUCUUAAAGGACUUCUGGAAUCACAGCAAUCGGUAUCAAGAUGUCAGGUUGUUAAUGUUGCUGUAGAAAUCUUUCUCAAAUGUAGGAACAUUGAUGGAGCAUUAUGGGUAUUGAGAGGGUCAGAAUGGAUAAUAAAUACAGCAGCAUGGCCUUGUGAAAAAAUGGAUGUCCUAAAUCGACAUAAUCUGCUGUGUGCUGUAGCAUCUGAAUUAAUGACAAAAAACCGGUAUGAUGAAACAUUUGAAGUCUUAAAAAAUCUUCCAGGUUUUCAGAAUACUUGUGACUCUCUGGAUGUAUCCCAGUAUGGCCUUUUGUUUAAUAAUCUGCUAAGAGUUUGUUCAGAAAACAGGAACAUUGAAACAUCAUCUACUGUAGUGGCAUUCAUGCUUGCAAGAAAUAUCCAUGUUGAAUUUAAUUUACUUCGAGCAUUAAUCACAGCACUAGGAAGAAGCUGUUUGUGGCUUAAGGCCAGGAAACAUUAUAAAAGUGCUUUAGCAUUGGGUUGCUAUCCACCACUAGAGGGAAAUCUUUAUCGUAAACUUUUAUUAAUUCCUUCUUAUAUGAGUGAAGUUGAAAUGCUAUUAGCAAUUGAAAUUUUUUUGGUUUCAAAUGCCAGUAGUAUUCAGAGUCCUGGAGCUUCCAGUCAAAUGCUUCAAAUAGUAUUAAAAAGAUGUGAAGGUAAUAUUCAAAACUGUGAAGAAUAUCAGAAUGCUACAGAGAGACUAUUUCAGGCUGCUCAGAUAUCUAAUCCAAAGCUUUUCAUAAACCAUUUGACAGUCAAUGUUAAUAAGGACCAAAUUUAUAGUUUGGAGCAUACUUCCGUACUUAAAUGGUUGAAAGAGAAUAUGAAAUGGGCAGGAAAAGCCUGGCUUUUUUAGUCAAGAUUUGGUUACAGUAAUCAUUGCUUAAAAUAAAUAAAUGAAGAUUGUUUAUGUUGUUUUUAGACUCUUAAUAAUUUGAUAUUUUGGUUUUUAACAUUAAAAAAACCAUUCAGAAUAUAUUUUCCUAGGCAUGGUUAUUCAGAAGGGCCUGUUCUUGAUCAUUUACCUUUUUUUUCUGUGUCUAAAUAUGCUCACAGUUCAGGGUUAGAAUUAGAGGUUUCAUAAUCUUUACCGUCUUUCAAAAACAAGGUUGUUGCCAUGCAAAUAAGUUUAUAGUUCUGAAGACAGUAUAUAAUAAAAUUUUAUAGUUUGGGAAAUACUUGCGUACUAAAACAGUUGGCUUUUUUAGUCAAUGAAGACUUUCGUUACAGUAAUCAUUGUUUAAAAUGAAUCAAUAAAGUUUGUUUCUGUUGUA